GGAGGAGAUGGUGUUGUGUUGGUGGUAAUAGGGAAGUGGGGGCGCAGUGGGGUGGGGGACAGACAGCUGGUUUUAUAAAAUGAUAGAGGAUCUUGUAUGUAUAUGUAUGUAUGUGUGAGAGAGUAUGUAGAAAGAGACGAACGUUCCACCGAACACCAGGCGCUGCCUAGAGCUUUAAAUAAUUGAUUCCUCUUCAGCCGCAUCAUAAAACAGGAGGAACCCUUGUGGAGGAACUAGAGAAAAUGUUGCUCCAGUACCACGGACAGCGGCAUACCUCGUUUAGACUGAACUUCCCAGAUCUCUUCCUUGGGCCAAAGGUCCUGGGGCCAAAGGUUUUAGAGACCCUAGUCACCAGAUUCUGAGGCUUCGCUUCUUGUGGGGUGGGGGCCAGGGACGAUAUAUUCUCCCUAAGGUUUAGGGGAGGUUCACUCUGUGUGUGUGUGUGUGUGUGUGUGUGUGUGUGUGUGUGUGUGUGUGUGUGUGUGAGUGGGGGGGAAGGGGGAGAUGGGAGGAAGAGGUACUCUUUCCCUCUUUCCGCCUGUCAAAGUCUCGGGUUUGAGCUGUGCUUCUGCAUCUCUCCAAGAAACCAGCUCUGAGUAAGUCCCCAAGUUGGCGUGGGGGGCGCACCUGCCCCCUUCUUCCUUCUAGGCGGCGGCAGUGGCGGGAGCAGAAGCAGCAGCAGGAGCGGGAGCGGGAGCCCGCCCCCUCCCAGUGCUGUGCGGAGCACGUCCAGGGACCCCUUUUGCCAUUGCUGGAAAGCAUUGCAGCGAGUCGGGCGCGCCCUUCUGAUUCUGGGCUGAGAGCAGAGAAUCGGGAUCUGGGACCUGAGCGUGGAGCUGGACUGCAGGGAAGCUGAGAGCAUCCUCUCCUGAUUCUCCCACUCUCCUCUCCUUCUCGUUUGGCUCUGCCCUCUGACAGAGAACGCGGGGAUCCCCUGCCAUCUCCUCCCUCCCUCCCCCCCCCACGCACGCACAUACGGGUGCGCGCGCCCCGAAAGACAAGGCUGCAGAGAGGGAGCUCUGUGGUAUUGGAAGAGCCGAGGACUCAUCGAUGCUCUUGUCCAGAGAGAAGCAGAGCGUGGAAUCCCCGGGCAGAGAGUCUUAGAGGGACGUGUAGUUACUGGGAAGAGAAGGGAAAGAAGACAGGGACCAGGGCAGGGGGGGGGGGUCUCGGCUGGCUCAUGGGGACCGGGGAGCACUAAAGGACUGAAGCCGCGGGGCCGCGUUUUUCAACCCCGGAGAUGACUUGGAAGAGCCACCUUUGGGAACUAUGUGGAGGGUGGCUGCGAGCCCUGCUGCAAAACCUCAGGCUGGGAUAGCCGCCUCCAGUGGGGGCUAUGCGGUCAGCGCCGGACGGCCAGGGGAGCGCGCUGGGGUGGCAGGAUGGGAGAGCCCCCUAACCUCGGCUGCUGCUGAGGCGGCCGAAAUGCUCGACUGCGCAGCGCGCCCCACCGCAGCCUCGACCUUCUCCGGCGAUCCUGGGAUCGCAGCUGGCGACCAUGGGCAGACUGGGCUACUGGGCGUUGUUGGUGCUGCCGGCUCUGCUGGUGUGGCGGAGCCCAGCACGAGCUCGCGCGGAGAAGGGGCCUCCAGCGUUGAACAUCGCGGUGCUUUUGGGCCGGAGCCACGAUGUGACAGAGCGGGACAUCCGCAGCCUGUGGGGCCGGGAGCUGGCAGGUGAGCUAGCACUCGACGUGAAUGUGGUGGCCAUGUUGGUCAACCUUACAGACCCCAAGAGUCUCAUUACCCAUGUCUGCGACCUCAUGUCUGGCGCCCGCAUCCAUGGGCUGGUGUUUGGGGAUGACACGGACCAGGAAGCCAUCGCACAGAUCUUGGAUUUUAUCUCCUCCCAGACCUUCAUCCCUAUCCUGGGGAUCCAUGGUGGUGCCUCCAUGAUCAUGGCUGAUAAGGAUCCGAUGUCCACCUUCUUCCAGUUUGGAGCUUCCAUCCAGCAGCAAGCCACUAUCAUGAUGAAAAUCAUGCAGGAUUAUGACUGGCAUGUCUUCUCUGUGGUGACUACCACCUUUCCUGGCUACCGGGACUUCAUAAGCUUCAUCAAGACCACGGUAGACAAUAGCUUCGUUGGCUGGGACAUGCAGAAUGUGAUCACCCUGGAUACUUCCUUUGGGGAUGCCAAGACCCAAAUUCAGCUAAAGAAAAUCCAUUCCUCUGUCAUCCUGCUUUAUUGCUCCAAGGAUGAAGCAGUUCUGAUUCUGAGUGAGGCCCGCUCUCUGGGCCUGACAGGCUAUGAUUUCUUCUGGAUUGUUCCAAAUCUGGUUUCUGGCAACACAGAACUCAUCCCCAAAGAGUUUCCUUCAGGCCUCAUUUCAGUCUCCUACGAUGACUGGGACUACAGUUUGGAGGAGAGAGUGAGAGAUGGGCUAGGGAUUAUCACCACUGCUGCCUCCUCUAUGUUGGAAAAGUAUUCAUUCAUUCCUGAAGCCAAGACCAGCUGCUAUGGACAGGUAGAGAAACCUGAGCUCCCACUGCAUACCCUCCACAAAUUCAUGAUCAAUGUGACAUGGGAAGGCAAAGAUUUGUCUUUCACAGAAGCAGGGUACCAAGUACACCCCAGGUUAGUGGUGAUUGUGCUGAACAAGGACCGGGAGUGGGAAAAGGUGGGGAAAUGGGAGAACCAGACCCUGAGCUUGACACAUUCUGUGUGGCCGAGGUACAAAUCGUUUGCUGACUGUGAGCCGGAUGACAAUCACCUGAGCAUCGUCACUCUGGAAGAAGCUCCCUUUGUCAUUGUGGAAGACAUAGACCCAUUGACUGAAUCCUGUGUGCGAAACACUGUGCCAUGUCGGAAAUUUGUCAAAAUCAAUAAUUCGACCAAUGAGGGGACCAAUGUGAAGAAAUGCUGCAAAGGCUUCUGUAUUGACAUCCUGAAGAAGCUGUCCCGUACUGUGAAGUUCACCUAUGACCUCUAUCUGGUGACCAAUGGGAAGCAUGGGAAGAAAGUCAAUAACGUAUGGAACGGGAUGAUUGGGGAAGUGGUGUACCAUCGAGCAGUUAUGGCAGUGGGGUCUCUCACAAUUAAUGAGGAACGCUCAGAGGUGGUGGACUUUUCUGUUCCCUUUGUGGAGACAGGAAUCAGUGUGAUGGUUUCACGAAGUAAUGGGACAGUAUCUCCUUCUGCAUUUUUAGAGCCUUUUAGUGCUUCUGUUUGGGUGAUGAUGUUCGUGAUGCUCCUCAUUGUGUCUGCUAUGGCUGUUUUCAUAUUUGAAUACUUCAGUCCUGUUGGCUAUAAUAGGAGCUUAGCCAGAGGGAAAGCUCCUCAUGGGCCUUCUUUUACUAUUGGAAAAGCCGUCUGGUUGCUCUGGGGCCUGGUCUUCAAUAACUCUGUGCCUGUUCAGAACCCGAAAGGGACCACCAGCAAAAUCAUGGUGUCUGUUUGGGCUUUCUUUGCGGUCAUAUUCCUGGCCAGUUACACUGCCAACCUGGCUGCCUUCAUGAUUCAAGAGGAAUUUGUUGACCAGGUGACUGGCCUAAGUGAUAAGAAGUUUCAGAAGCCUCACGAUUAUUCCCCCCCUUUUCGGUUUGGCACGGUUCCUAAUGGAAGCACGGAGAGAAACAUCAGGAAUAAUUACCCUUACAUGCAUCAGUAUAUGACCAAAUUCAAUCAGAAGGGAGUCGAGGAUGCUCUGGUCAGCUUGAAAACAGGGAAGCUGGACGCUUUCAUCUAUGAUGCUGCAGUGCUGAAUUACAAGGCUGGGAGAGAUGAAGGCUGUAAAUUGGUGACAAUUGGGAGUGGCUAUAUCUUUGCUACCACUGGGUAUGGUAUCGCCCUCCAGAAAGGAUCCCCAUGGAAGAGGCAGAUUGACCUGGCCCUUCUUCAGUUUGUUGGUGAUGGAGAGAUGGAAGAGCUGGAGACCCUAUGGUUGACAGGAAUCUGCCACAAUGAGAAGAAUGAGGUGAUGAGCAGCCAGUUGGACAUCGACAACAUGGCAGGAGUGUUCUACAUGCUUGCCGCUGCCAUGGCACUCAGCCUCAUCACCUUUGUCUGGGAACAUUUGUUUUACUGGAAACUCAGGUUUUGCUUCACUGGAGUAUGCACAGACAGGCCAGGACUGUUGUUCUCCAUCAGCAGGGGCAUUUACAGCUGCAUUCAUGGAGUACACAUUGAGGAGAAAAAGAAGUCACCAGAUUUUAAUCUGACUGGCUCCCAGAGCAACAUGUUAAAACUCUUACGGUCAGCCAAAAAUAUUUCUAACAUGUCCAACCUGAAUUCCUCUAGAAUUAGUUCCCCCAAAAGAACAAGUGAUUACAUCCAAAGAGGAUCCCUCAUCAUGGAUAUGGUCCCAGAUAAAGGGAAUUUGAUAUACUCUGAUAACAGAUCUUUUCAUGGUAAAGACAAUCUUUUUGGGGAUAACAUGAAUGAACUUCAGACAUUUGUGGCCAAUCGGCAUAAAGACAACCUCAAUAACUAUGUUUUCCAAGGGCAGCAUCCUCUCACCUUGAAUGAAUCCAAUCCUAAUACAGUGGAGGUUGCUGUGAGCACAGAGUCCAAAGGGAACUCUAGACCUCGACAACUUUGGAAAAAGUCCAUGGAGUCCUUGCGCCAAGAUUCACUGAGCCAGAAUCCAGUCCCUCAACAGCGGGAGAAUGGCUUGGUCGAGAAUAGAACCCACUCUCUGAAGAGUCCCAGGUACCUUCCUGAAGAGGUGGCUCACUCGGACAUCUCAGAAGCUUCAAGCAGGGCCACAUGCCACAUAGAACUUGAGAACAACAACAAACAUCACAAGACCAAGGACAACUUUAAAAAAAGAUCUGUGGCCUCCAAAUACCCCAAGGACUGCAGUGAUGUUGAGCUCACCUACCUGAAAACCAAAGCAAGCUCCCCCAGGGACAAGAUCUAUACCAUUGAGGCUGAAAAGGAGCCCAGUUUCCACAUAGAACAACCCCAGUUUAUUGAAAACCUCGUCCUGCCUGAGAAUGUGGAUUUCCCCGAGGUGUACCAGGACCCUAAUGAAAACUAUCAUAAGGGGGAUGCCACACUGCCUGUCAACAGGACUCCUUUGCACAACGAAGAUGGCAAUGCCCCCAACAAUGACCAGUACAAACUCUUUUCCAAGCAUUUCACCUUGAAGGAGAAGAACUCUCCCCACAGUGAGGGGAGUGACAGGUACCGGCAGAAUUCUACUCACUGUAGGAGUUGUCUCUCCAACCUGCCCAACUACACUGGUCAUUACACCACACGAUCCCCCUACAAAUGUGAUUCCUGCCUAAGGAUGGGUAACCUCUACGAUAUUGAUGAGGACCAGAUGCUGCAGGAAACGACAGCCAACCCUGCCCACUCCGAGGAGACAUAUGAGCAGGAUUGGGCACAGAACAAUGCCCUUCAAUUCCAGAAGAAGAAUAAGUUGAGGAUUAGCCGGCAGCAUUCUUAUGACAACAUCCUAGACAAGCCCAGGGAGAUUGACCUUGGAAGACCCUCUCGGAGCAUAAGCUUAAAGGAUAAGGAGAGACUCUUGGAAGGGAAUUUGUACGGGAGCCUGUUUAGUGUCCCCUCCAGCAAACUGUUGGGGAACAAGGGCUCUCUUUUCUCCCAGGCACUGGAAGACACUAAGAGGAGCAAAUCUCUCUUCCCAGACCACUCCUCCGAUAACCCUUUCCUACACUCCUCCUAUCCGGAUGACCAGCGACUGAUCAUUGGGAGAUGCCCCUCUGACUCUUAUAAACAUUCAUUGCCCUCCCAAGUGAGGAAUGACAACUACCUGAGGUCAUCUCUAAGAUCAACAGCAUCGUCAUACUGUUCCAGGGAUAGCCGGGGCCACAACGACACAUACAUUCCCGAGCAUGUGAUGCCUUACGUGGCAAAUAAUAAUAUUGUAUACUCUACCCCCAGGGUCCUCAACUCCUGCAGCAAUAGACUCACAGCCCAAACCAGACCCCAGAACUCAGGGCCCUGGAAAGAAUCGGUAUGUCCGCACAUCCGAGGCUACCUUCAGUCUAGGCUGUCAUCAAGAUAUGGAGACGCAUCUGGAAUUAUAGGCCCCAGCUGUUCCUGAUGUCAAUAUGUGGAUCUUACAUCUGUGACGCAGUGGACCUCACUAUUUAUUUAUCGUGAAGCCUCGUGUAUACGUAAGUUUGCAUCUCCCCCCUUCUGGUGACUACUCAGGGCUGUAUAGUUUCUCUUACCCCUUCACUCCAAAAGUAACUGUAACUCAUUCUUCACCGAGCGGUCCUGGUGGCAUCUAAUUAACCAUGUAUUGUUAUCCAAGUUGUCAGUGCUAUGUCAUGAGCCAACGGCCAUAUGUUUCAUGUCAUCAAGAAGGAACAGGAUGCCAUCUGUUUGCUGAAGGCUGACACAAUUUUACAUUGAUCAUGUUGCUCUGUGGAAUUGUAAUUUCUACUACCCUCCCCACCCUACCAACUCCCAAAUCUGAAUCCUCCCUCCGCGUCUAGUAGGUUCAUGUGCCCGUGAAGUAAAUAUCUAUAUUCUGAUAGUCAUAGAGAAACUGUGGUAGGACAAGUGGUCUGUCACCUCAGACACAUUAGCUGACCUCCUCUUCUACACUCCUUGAGAUAUUGAAGCAUUUUUCCUUUUUAGGUCCACUGGAUUAUUUAUUUUUGAUUCCAGAGGAUAUGUUGGAAAAAAUAACAAGACUAAUAUUCCUUAAUAAUUCAUACCAAAAUGAAAGUGGAAAAAAAGGGCUGGUAUGUCACCCAAAUCCCAAAUAUGCACUUUAUUAGACCUGCCUCCAAUGGUAGAAAAAAAAUGGUAGAAAAUAAAUUAAAUUCCAGUCCACUAACAUAUGUAAUUUAAAUCCUGAAAGAAUUGGGGAUCUUGUCCCAAUCAUUUGUGUUCUGAGGUGCCCCUACUCUUAUCUGAUAUGCUCUGGAAAGUUGCCUUGAAUGACCCAGAAUUCCUCUGUGCUUAUAGCCAAAGUAGAAUUGUAGAAUUUCGUAGCUGGAAGGGACCCUAGGGGUCACUCUAGUACAAUUUCCUCAUUUUACAAAUGAGGAGCCCAUUGCCUCAAUUCACUUCCCCGAAUUUCUCCUCACUGCUGUUUCUGUUUCUUAGAAAAACAAAGGCAGUCAUACAUAUAAGAAGCUCUCCUACUUUCUUAUAGGCAAUACUCUGAAAAGCUAAUGUCCCUCUCUUAAAGACAGAGAAGUCUUUGGCAGAGGAAGUGGUGGGAUUGGAGGUUAUGUAUCCUCUUCAGCCAGUCCCAGAUCUCUUAUUAGGAUCUAAAAUCUCUUAAAAUCCCUAUGGCACUUUACAACUCUAAACUGUUUUUUUCGGGAUUUUAGGAGAGCUUCAUUAUGAUGGAGGCAGGAAAAAUUAUUGCACACAGGGCCAUUCCUAGGAAAUACAAGACCUAUCAUUCACCUUUACAUUUUUAUCCAGAUGAAAUCUGGUUAAGAUUGACUCCAACCCAAGGUGGGGACAGGCUCUGUGUGUAUGUCUGUAUGACUGCCUAUGUGGGAAGAGUGAGGGGGCCUCACCUAUGAUGCCUUGUUGUAUGAGGGGGAAAGGAGGAUAUUGUGGUUGAAAUGUUAUAUGCUGAUGUUUAUUGUAUUCUUUUUGUCAAUACUGCCUCCUUUUCUGUUUCCUCAGUCAUAUUCUAGCUGCCUGGCUCCCUAUAAUGAUGGGGAGCCUUAGACUAUUAUCCCAAUUUGCUGUGCCCUAGGGUUGCUUAACACCCCUCUCUGACCUUAUUACUUUGUACAGAAAUCCUUUGAGAGUUUUUUGCCUUGCUCAUAUGAGAUCAUAUUCUUAUGUACACUAACUUAUGUACCUCCAAUGCCAUAGCCCCGACAUUUUACUCCUCCCAUUGUCUGCCUCCUUUCUCUCCUAUGAGAUGCAAAAUGUUUGAGCCCAGAACCAAUGAGGGGAUUAUUGAGAAUUGUGGAUAAAUGAGAUGUCUGUCCCUGUUCAAGUCAUGUUUGGUGUACUUUUUUUAAUGUGUCCUAACAUUUAGGAGCUUCCACAUAUGACAGAGUGUGGAAAUUGCACUAGAUUGACUAUCAGUCCAAGCAAAUAAGUCACAUCAUAUCUGCUAUAAAUGCUAUUGUUCUAUUAAGAAACUAGGAAGUGGCUUUUGCUCAUUAAAAAAAAGAAAGGAAAAGAUGGAUAUAGGUGAAAACUAUUAGAAUUCUGAGCAAUUUUAAAGGAAGCAAGAAAUAGAGGAUUAGAGAGUGAUAGAAUGUUAGGAAUGCAGAGACCUUCCUCAUUUUGCCGUUGAGGAAGUUGUGGCCCAGAUGGGAGAGGUAACUUGUUCACACUCACCCUAACAAUAAGUUGAAGAGUUUGGACUGGAUCUCCUGACUCUCCCUUCAUCAUGGAUGUAGCUUUCAUUGCUACACCAUGCUACCUCUAACAAAUAUAGGAGUUUUUUUCAAAGUCAUUGUGCCUAAGGGUUUAUCUUAUGACUCAUGUACAAAAACCAGUUCAUUUGGCUUACUGUGUUAUUUGAGAUGCAAAGAAUAACAUAAGGCCAUUCCGCAUCAACCCUAAUGUCCAUACUUUGAAAGAAAAAAAUGUUUUACGUAUAUGUUUCCAGUUACUUGUUCUUGAGUUAAGCAGAAAGAACAAAAGCCUAAAACCAUGGACCCUUUCAAGUGAAGCUGUGAAAUACUGAGCCUUUGAAAAUUCUACUUUGUCCACUUGGAGAGACAUGGAAAGUCAGCUGAACCUGUUACUCUUCAGCAAGAGCUUGUUUACUCUGCUUAACUUAAACGUUCUGUUUGAAUGCCACAAUGGAUGUUGAAUGAUCCUAAGUAGUUGUCAACCCUUGGCAGGACCUAUCAGGUUGUUUUCAGACAAGCAUGCGCUGUUGGCAAAUGAUCAGGUUAUUGUUUGUGGGCCAUGACAGAUGCAUGCAGUACAUUAAAAUGAAGCAUGUAAAGCAACAUAUUCUCCCAGUUCACAAACUCCUACCUAAAAACAGUCUGGGCCUUUGGGAAACCCUAGUCUUCCUUCUAGACCACUAGGGGCCACUACUCAAUUCAGACCUCAGUACUCUGGGAAUGAAGCUUCCUAAGGUCCAAAGUGGAACUCUGGGUGGAGGAGCUCUUUAUCUUCAUCAUCUACCAUUGUACUUCAGCCCUGUUGUAAACCCCACUGCAGUUUUUUUGUUUGUUUGUUUGUUUGUUUUUAAGAAUGCAAUCUUAAAAAAUAAAAUAAAAUUGUUACUAUUACCAGGACGAGCCAGCACUAUGAAUGGAAUUUCAUGAAUUAUAUUUGGAUUUCUCUUACUCUUACUCUGUAGUUUGACUCCAGAGUUAUGGUUUUCCUUUUCUGGUAAGAAUGGCAGCCAGAAAAUAAAAUAAAACAAAACAAAACCUACAAUAAAACAAAACAAAAACUUGAACCCUGUUGCUGCUGAGUCAAUUCAGAGUUAACUCUGGAAAAAAAAAAUAUAUAUAUAUAUACAUAUAUAUAUAUAUUCUUGUUUACAAAUGAAAUAUUUUGGCUUAAAAGAGAAUGAUAGCGUGGGCGUUUAAUUAGUCAAAAGAUACACAGCAGACGUGCACUUGAGCAUUGUUUACUCUAUUUGGUAUGUCUACACUGAUGUGUAUUUAAUAUUCUGUAUCUUUCUCGGGAAAUGACAAAUGCCCUGAAUUCUUUGCAAGUUGAAAAUGCUAAUGAAAAACAAAAGUGUUAGAAUUAAUUAAGUGAUGAUUAAAAAUUUAUCUCCUUUAAACCUAAAAUGUACGGCUUUCAUAACUGGGUUGUCAUAGAAAUAAAUACCUUAUGUUGGAAUCCCUUGUGGUGCCAGACCUAAAUAAAUACUAAUUUGGGAAACUUAAAUAUCAUUCAAGGGAGUUGAGGUUCUUGUUAGUAUUGAGUCUGUUAAUGGUGGCUUAUUAGUGUGUGAGGUCAUUGCAGUAAUCCAGGCUUACAGAACAUAGAGCUGUUUUGGCAAGUUGCACACUUAGCUUUACUGUGGACAGACUAUCUCUCAGUGAUAGCAAGAAACACACUGAAAGAGAUUUAUUUCCAUAAGAGGGGAAAGUAAGAAUAAUUCAAAUGUAUUUGGUUAUUUAAAACAAAGAUUUAUAUAUUAAAAUCUUUUUUUUUUUCCAGGAUAGCUUUGGCUCAUUUAUUUAUUUAUUUGUUUGUCUAUUUAUUUAUUUAUUUUUACAGAAAACAAACACAAAACUGCUACUUUCCCCCAGAUAGGCCCAUUUCCAUUUCUUUGGAGCAGGACUGUAAGAUGUCUAAAGGUCCUGUGCUUUAACAUGUCACCUAUUUGGUGACUGACUCUUCUGCCCUUUCAUUUGUCCCUUUACACUGUACUAUGUUAGCAUCAAAUUGUAUUAGAAUAAAAUAGAUUUAUCACUGAUAACAAGGAGCAGUAAUCAAAUGCACUUAUCUUGUGAAUAUGCUAGUGUACACAUGUAUAUAAUAUACAUGUUAAUACACACAUGAGUGUAUUAUUCACAUACUAUUGUACAUAUUGUAAAGUUACUACUGUUAAAAUUAAACGGUGAAUAUGGUAUUAACAUAUGGAAAACCCAUUCUGGUUAUUUUAAUUGAAUGAUGUCUUUGUUGUAGAGGUCAGUUUCCUGGUGUCUCCUCUCUGGAAGUGAUAUGUGACUGUUUCCCAUCUCUCUCUUUUAUCUCCCCCAACUCCUCUGCUGUCCAUCCCAGUAGAAAUUGGGCAUUCAGGGUCUACUAACUCUCUCUGAAGGAAAUGCCCCAAUGCUUAGAGCAGUAAAGGAUCUUAGAGAACAUCUAACCCAACCUCCUUACUUGAGAGAAGAGGAAAUCAAGAUAGAAUAGAGGAUGAAUCUCAAGCUUUCUAAAUCUAAUCUAGAGAUCUCUUUACUAUAGUAAAUUGAUUCUUGUCUAGAUUUGUAUCUAGAUGGCCUCAAUCACAAACUGGUGCUUCCAAAGCAAAAAAGGAGAAAAUAGCCCAGAGGUGAAAGGGGUUUCUUUGAUUCUUAGAAAGUACUUGUUAGAGUUUUCUUGUUUUACUUUGGUUUUCUCUUGGAUGUUUUCUGGCAUUAACUACCCCCACUUUUCCCUAUCACUCUUAUCAAAAGUGAAUCUUAAUGGCUAUUUCUUAGUUACCACCCCAUCCAAAGAUAAAGGAGAGGGAAAUGGGACUGGUAUUAAUGAGCUUAUGCUAAAACAUAAGGCUAAGAAGUUCACUGGAAUUGUUGUUUUCAAUUGCCUUUCCUGCAAGAAUGCAAGUUAAGCAACUAAGUAUUUAAAUACCUAUUAUGUGCCUUGUACUGUGCUAGGCACUGUGGGGGAUGCAGAAAUAUAAUUCCUGUUCUCUUUCUCUCUAUUACCUUUGUAUAUAACAGAGAACUAAGUAUAAGAAAAGUACAAUGAUUGAAAACCAGUCCCACAAUGGUUAAGGCCUGGAAGCAUCAUAAAAUUUCUGAGUUCUGUUCCAGACAGAUAAAUUACUCUAGCAUCUAAGUUACUUCCUUGGAAUCAGAUGAUCAGGUUAGAAACUUCAUUCACCCUUCAGAAGAUUUUCGGCUUCCUGGAAAUAAUUUACAGUAUAGGAGUGAUUUAUAGAAAAUUUCAAUCUGCCACAGUAUUUUUGCCUACUCUUGCCCAACCAAUCAGGGAUGCUACAUUUCCACUCAAGUAAACCAAAUGAUUUCUUUUUUCCACUCUUGCCUUAUGGCACCUGAUUUGAAGAGAGAAAUGAACUUCCUUGAUCAGUUGGACAAUAAGAAAGGAUGAGGCCAAGUCCAUGAAACAGUACUUUCUGAACGCACUUUCUUUUUUCCUCUUCGAUAAUGUGAAAAUCAUGUUUGGUAGAUGAGUGUAUGAAUGUUGUGGAGGAGGGUGUUAAAAGGAAUAAACUUUUGAAUGGGACCUAAGUGCCUAUAGUUGCAGCAGGUGAUAGAUAAAACGAUUAACCAGUUCCCUGGAGAAAAAUAAAAGGGAUGGGGUGCAGGGAUGACCCUUAAAAAGGAACAUUCUAGGAACUGCCAAGGGAUUUUAUAGCUUUGUCCAUUGGGAGGCAUUUUCAAAAGUUAAUGCUUCAUGUUAUGAAGAAAGGGUGGUUGAUUUUUUUGUUUUUGUUUUUUUUUUUCCUGUGCAUUCUGGAGUGAUGGAUUUCUUACUUGUCAGCAGCUGGUAUUGUGGGCAUUUUGUCAACAAAUAUUUAAUCAUAAUGCUCUAAGAUGAGAAGGGAGGGUCCUGUUUUGGAGAAUGCCUAAAAGAUAACUCUACUCUUGAUUCCCUAUUUUCUUCUAAACAAUUCAGACAAGGAGAUCCCAGGAUUCUUGUAUAUGUGUCCCAUUGUCUUAUAAUCUGUGUGGUCAGGAAGUCUGUAUACAUUUUAACCUCUGAAUAUCUUGCUUGUUAUGUCUUGAAUCUCCUAUACUUAGCAUAACCAUUCACUAUCCCGGCAGAGACUUGAAGACUGUUAUUAAUUCUCCCAUCCCCAUUGCUCACUGCUCUUCAUCUUAGCCUCCCUUCUCUGGGUCCCAAGGCUGGGGAUGAGGGUGAAGGACACAAUUCCUGUACAAGAUUCAUGUUUCCCUCUUGCUAACAUUUUUUCUCUUUGUCCACAGAACUUUGGUCUAACUUCUUAACUUAAAUGUACAUAUAUAUAUAUAGUAAUCCAUACAUACACAUGUAAAAGGAGAUCCUUUCCUCCUCCCACAAACAAAGACACUAAUCUAUUCCUCUCCAUCUCCAUUUCUUUCAACCAGCAAUGGACAUCCCUGAAAGAUUACUAUAUUUAUGAAUGAUUUUCUCUUCUUUAUUUUGUUCAGAGAUUCUUAACCCAAACAUAUAGUUAUAUAUAGUUCAUGGACUCCAGGUUAAGAUAUAUAAAACAUUUCUUUUCUUAAUUCUAUGUAAUUUUUAAAAAGCUAUUCUGAGAAGGGGGCCUGCAGGCUUCAUGACAUGACACAAAAGAGGUAAUGAAUCCCCAAUGUAGAUGUUAAGAACGAUUGGAUUCUCCAUGAUGCAAGUAUAAUGGAACCCGUUUAUUACACAUGUGAUCAAAAGGUGACUGUAUUAUCAGACAUGCUGAGGGCAGGUAGUGAUUUAUUCUCUCUUCAAGGUUGACAACACUUAUGUACCUCAGUAUCUUAACUUUUCUAGCUUGAGGAUUAAAAUUUACCUUGAGAAUGUUUGCUUAGUUUGUUCCCUUUGAACAUUAUUGCAUUGUGAAGGUCUGGCUCUUCCCACAGAGAGACAAGAGUUGACUAAUAGUUAAUUUCCAAAUAAUGGAACUGAGAACAUGAAAGUCCUUUAUUAUCAAACCAAAUAGCUCCAAUGAAAUCGGGAAGGAGUAAGCAUCUCAUGGAUGGAAAAUGCAAUGAGUUCUGUAGUGCUAUCUCAUAUAAACAAUAAAGGCCGUCAUUUCCCCCUUAGUGGAAGAAAAUAUUUUGUUUUGUUAGAUGGGAGUAAAAAUCAUUUAUAAAUAUUAGGGCAACUUUUAUUCAACUUCUACUUUGAGUACCUGUUCUUGAGGUUAUAAUAUAGGAAGACUCUUCUGAGUAUAUUGGAAGAAAUAAUUGUGCUCAUAUUUUAUAUUCAAAAGUAUAACUUACCUCCUCAAACACGAAUUCUUAGCCUUAGUUUGUGUCAUGGACCUUUUGGCAGUCUGUUGAAGCCUCUGGACCUCUUCUCAGAACAAUGUUUACAAAUACAUAAAAUAAAAUCAUAGGAUUGCAAAUAAAAUCAAUUUAUAUUGAAAUGCAGUUAUUAAUUAAAAAAAAAUCACAGAACCCAAGUUAAGAACUCUUGCCCUAAAGUUUUAUCUCUGGAGUUGCAUGCAAAUGAAACCAAUAGUAAGUAAUAGCUGGGUAGAGAAAUCCACUGCUUUACCUUAAAGCAGACUUUUCCUUCUAACCCAUAUUUGGAUUAGAAAUCAGAAAAAGUAUCCAACACUGGUAGCAACCAAACAAGUCAGAAUUCAAUGAUCUCUCAGGGCCCCGGGAUCAUAAUGAUAUAAUAAAUAUUCUUUUUGUAAAUUGUGGUGGUGUUUUGUUUGCUUUGUUUUUACUGAUUAGUUUUGGUUUUAUAUCACAUUAUAUAUAUGUAUCCCUCCCUCCUUCCCCUGCCCAGUGAGCCAUUUCUUACAACAAAGAGAAAUAAUGCAUUUUCAUUUUUUUGCAGACCUUGGACAUUUUCCAUAAUCUGUAGUCACAGACCUUAAAGCUUUUGAGCUAAUUCUUGUCUGUCUUUGGAAGGGGUUUUUAGGAUGACCCUUCAAAAAGAUAUUAAAAUAGUACAUAGCUGAGAGCACGCCUGGCACUUUAAGUUAAUAAAGUUAAUUGUCUUCUAGCUCACAAAUGUCUUUCCUAUGGCACUUUGGACCCCUCUCAUUCAGCUGACAUUUUGCAAUUCUAAGCUUUCAAGGGACUCAAAUAAGAAUAUAUUGGUAUCUGAGAGAGCAGUAAAGGUCCAAAAACAUGAAAGCGUUGUAUUGCUUUGCCAUGAAAAACAUUUUAAAGAGGGGUAGAGAGAAUAGGGAGUAGUGAAAUCUGAACUUUGAAUUCAAUUGAAUUUUCUAUAUUACCAAAUAAGCACUUAUUGAAUUAUUUUAUUCUCUGUAAAGCAAAUUCAAGUAAAUGAGCAUUAUUGAUUUUUGAAUGUAUUUUAUUACAAAUAGCUCAGGUUUAUUAGGUUUAUGGACAUAAUAUUAGAGCUAUGACCACAAAGGAAAUUCUUCCAGCUAAGAAGUGGAUGACUCAGACCUAGAUGUUGGGUCUGAUCCAGAAAGUUUUUAAUAAAGAGUUUUUAUAGAUUUUUAGAGGGAGGGGGCAAUAGGGAAUGGGAGGCAAUUCUUCUCUGUUGUUCCUUAUACUAUUGCUUUCCCAAACCUUUCAGAAAGAAAGGUUAACUGACAAUCACCUGUCCCUCCCUAAGGAAAGGAGAGGGGAAUUAGCAACAUAUUCCCAAGAAAUUGCUGUGAAUGGUCUGACACAUAUAAGUAAUAUGUAGUAGUGGAUAGAGAGCUGUCCUUUGGAGCCCGGAUGACCUGGGUUCUGUUUCUAGGUGGUCAUUAUAGGACCACAGGGGGACAAUUUCUAGGUAGAUCCUAACUGACCUGCAAAUAUGAAUGCAACUUGCAAAGGUGCCUAAAUUUAUUAUUCUAAGAGUUUAUUCAACAGAAGAAACUGGCUUACUGUACUAGGGGUUUUAAACUUCAAAACAAUUGAUUUUCUUCUCUCCAGGAACAGAAAACAUUUAUAAAAUGAUCACUACCAGAUUAUCCCCAGGAAGAACUCACUGAAGUUUGACAAUUGUCAUCUAUCUGAAGCUCCUAUCUGAAGUGGUCAGAAAUGUCUGAGUGCAUAAAUCUGUGGUUUUAAAUAUUUUUGGUUUGUUUAAUUUUUUAGAGGAAGCUAAUUGGGAAAAAUGAUAAAGCUUUCUCAAAUGAGGGAAGAAUGAAUAAAUAAAGCAUUGGUAGUUGCACUCUGACUUAGUUGUCUAAUUAAUAAGUUGAUGGAUAGCCCACUAGCAAGUGAAUGAAAAUAGGACUAAAUUUUUUAAAUUGCUUUUAAAAACUUAAGUGCAGGCCCGUUUUUCUUAUCCAGGUAGAAUUGUUUUGUUAUAAAGCUGCUUAGUAUAGGUUUUCCAAACACAGUCAUAUUCCAAUACAUGUCAAACUCUAUGUCAAUAACUAGAUUUUCUUCAGUCCUACCCACAUCACAGCCAAUUUGUGUUCUCUGUAAUGUUUUUAUUUUCACUGGUAGAUGGCUACAUCCCUAUUAUGUUUUAUCCUCUGCAUGAAGAAAUGCUAAUAAUGUAUAGAUAUUUUCGAGCAUAUCUAUAAAAUUAUAUGUUUGCAUAAAAUUUUUAUGAUAGAAAAAUAUAUCUACUCCGGGUGUGUCUUCCUGUAUUGUGUUCUCCAUUUUUGUUCAAUGUGUAGACAAUGUUUAAGGAAUGGGGUUUGGAAUGUCUGUGUGAAAUGAAAUUAAAAUGUAUAUAACUAUUGCAGAAAACAAAGGUGCCAAGUAAUAUGGUGUAAAAAAUGUAAAUACGUGAAAAUUUCAUUUUUCUAAUAAAGACACUUUCUGCCAAUUGAUAUGAAAAGGAGAAA